CAAGUUCUGCACUUCGGAUCCCUCCUCCCCAAAUUCAAGAUGCAGGCGGUUCUCGUGCUCGUCCUCGUGGCGGUUUCUUGCUCUACCACGUGGGCUCAAAACGUGGUCGGAGCCGAGGCGCUGGCCGUGCGUCCGUGCCACGCCGGCGAGGUGUACAAGGAGUGCGGCAUGGGCUGCGACCGUCGGUGCGGCUUCUCGACCAUCAACGUGCUGUGCGUCCACGAGUGCGUCGAGGGCUGCUUCUGCGACACGGACCUGGUGCGCAACGCCACAGGACACUGCGUCACCACGCAGGAGUGCGACCUCCAGCUGCAGCAGUCUCAGCAGGUCGUCAACAACAGGACGGUCACCGAGCUGCCCCCAGUUCCGGCUGUGGACCCCCGCUGCCGGGACCCGCGCAAGGAGUACAAGGACUGCGGCAGCCCGUGCGUGCCUACCUGCGAGCAGCCGGACACCAAGGACGUCGUCUGCGUCGACAUGUGCGUCAAGGGCUGCUUCUGCAUGGAUGGCUACUUGACCACCGCCGACAAGGCCUGCGUACGACCCUUCGAGUGCGCACCAGUCGUCUAGUCCGCCGUUCUCUUGCCCGCUGCCGCCAGAAUGCGUCGAACCCAGCCAACGCCAUCUAGGCAGAAAGUCGUGCUGCUAGAGCUUUCACGUAACCUACGCUAGGCCAAAGCGGGACAGUAGUCGGAGAAAUUUUUGGUAGUAAGGUAGCAGUCGUGAAUUUUCUUGGCUUUCU